CUCUCAGUAAGUGGUGAUCAAUUCAGGUAAUGUUCGAUUGCGAGACGUAUCUGGUGCUGUGGUGAACGAACGAACUUUUGUUUUGCUCCUGCCUCGAUGACGUCCUCGCGUGAUCUACCUACGGGUGACCCUCACCGCCGAUCGGCGAGCUUGUCGAAGUUUGAGUUGUCCGCACUACUCAUCCUCUUCAGUUUCGUGACGACCUCAUGGUCACAUGAAGUCGCAAUGGCACAAGUGCAGCGCCCGCUAAUUAUUCAGUCACAUAUCAUCAAAGCUUGUUGUCCUAUAGCGCGCCGAUCGCUCCUUCCCCGGCACAGGGUACAACGACUGCACACGAGAACAGUCACUGACCACGACAUUUCGCACCUAGCAAGCCUACCUCUCUACCCGCUGACCCUCGCCGACCUUGUCAAACACGGAAGACCUCCUCUUACAACGCAGCAACUGCUCACCUCCGCCAACUUCACGCUAUCUAUUCUACCUGCACGACUAGCGCAUCGCAUACAAUCGCUACGAAACCUGCCCUUCAUCGUCGUCUCGAAUCCUCAUGUAUCGAAAAUCCACGCCAACUACAUACACAGCCUAUCGACGCUGCUGCCAUGGGCUGAACACGAGAUCACGUCCCUCGAGGACGAGAUCAAGUUCACAGAGGUCAUGGCCGAUCUAGUACAAACACACUCGAACACCAUAAGCAUACUAGCGAGAGGGUUUUUGGAAGCGAGAAAAUACAUCAGCCCACGAGAUGUGACGUGCUUCCUGGAUGAACACCUACGAGCGCGCAUUGGCACGCGGCUCAUUGCAGAGCAGCAUCUGUCGCUGCACUUCUCGAGCCAGCCACAUGCAGAGAUCAUGCAUGAGUCUGAUGAGACACCCGGCUUUAUUGGCGUCAUCGACACCAAACUCAAGCCUGCAGGGAUUGUCGACCACUGCGCGAACAUAGUCGGCGAGAUCUGCGAGCUCAAAUACGGCGUCCGGCCCAGUGUAGUCAUCAACGGCGAGCCCGAUUACACCUUUGCCCACGUGCCCGCGCACCUCGAAUAUAUCAUGACAGAGCUUCUCAAGAACGCCUUCCGUGCGACAGUCGAAAACGGCAAUGAGCGCGAACCCAUAGAAGUCACCAUCGCGCCGAAAGACCUACACGGGGUCACAAGCAACGAGGAGGCGUUCAGCAAGUUCGACUCAAACCUUCGUAACACAAAGCAAGGAAACACAGACAUCGCCUCCAGUAGCUUCACAGGCGCUCUGACCUCCUCUUCGCCGAAGUCCGACGCUCAGAUCCUGCCCCUCAAGUACAGCACGCCGGGUGUCACUAUCCGAAUCCGUGACCGCGGCGGCGGUAUCUCACCUGAGAAUCUCGCACAUAUUUGGAAUUACAGCUUCACAACCUUCAACGAAGACCAGGCAUCGUCUUCACUAACAGGCGGCGGUUCGGGUAGCGGUAUGGACGCACUGAACGCCAUGACCGGCCCCGGUGGCGAUGGAGUGAACAGUCUGGCAGGACUGGGCUACGGACUCCCUCUAGGUAGAGCAUACGCAGAGUACUUCGGCGGCGGCAUCGAAGUGAAGAGUCUGUGGGGCUGGGGCACAGACGUCUAUCUCAAGCUGAGAGGCGUGGGCAGGGUGGAUCGGGAGUGAGAUUAGCAGCCGAUAGGAUGCGAUACACGUGAGAGAAAGGGGUGUCAUCAGAGAUGUCAUUGAUAAUUAUAUACCCUAGCUGCCUAUGCAAGCGCUAUGCCGAUUCAUCAUAUCUCGUGCUCGUUAUUUCCAUCUCUCGUUUCAUCGUUGUGGCCGUUUACUGGGUAGUGACCUCAGAGUCCUUCUCGACGGUGAUCUUGUCGUUCGACUCGAAGGUCGAGACGAGGUCAUCUGGCAACUCGGCG